GACGUCAGAAGCAUAUGACAGUUAUCGCUGUGGAGCAACAUCCUAUGUAAAGAAUCGGACGAUAUUUGGAGUAUACCUAUUCGCCAAAUCCGACCCCAUCCUGCCUUAAAACAGGGGAAAAUGAUAUUGAAAAUAUCCAGAUCAUAAACUUCACAUUCGUGGCUUUCUGGAAAUAUCGAUAUUGUGAUGGUUUAAGGAUUUAAACCAUUAAAACGGAAUGGUGAAAGUUGGACGGCCACAGAAGAGACUGAGACUAGGAUCUGGAGAGGAGGGGGAGUGUGAAUAAAGGGGUCGGUUGUAACCCAAUUCAGUAAGGUGAAACAUUUGAAGAGGUAACCGAGCAUAUAGUUCAUUCUUUGCGAGAUAACAUUAAUUUACAAGGGACAAACUAAGCUAUAGACGAAAAAAGUCAACAUCAAAAUGGAGUUGAGAGUAGGAAACCGAUACAGACUGGGUAGAAAAAUCGGAAGCGGAUCCUUCGGAGACAUCUAUUUGGGCACUGAUAUUUCUGUGGGUGAGGAGGUUGCCAUCAAGCUAGAAUGUGUGAAGACCAAGCACCCCCAGCUCCAUAUCGAGAGCAAGAUCUACAAGAUGAUGCAAGGAGGAGUGGGCAUCCCGAUAAUCAAGUGGUGCGGCGCGGAGGGCGACUACAACGUGAUGGUGAUGGAGCUGCUGGGGCCCAGUCUGGAGGACCUGUUCAACUUCUGCUCCCGCAAGUUCAGCCUCAAAACGGUCCUGCUGCUGGCGGACCAGAUGAUCAGCAGGAUUGAGUACAUCCACUCCAAGAACUUCAUCCACCGGGAUGUGAAGCCCGACAACUUCCUGAUGGGCCUGGGCAAGAAGGGCAACCUGGUCUACAUCAUCGACUUCGGCCUGGCCAAGAAGUACCGCGACGCCCGCACGCACCAGCACAUCCCCUACCGCGAGAACAAGAACCUGACCGGCACCGCCCGCUACGCCUCCAUCAACACACAUCUGGGGAUAGAGCAGUCCCGUCGUGACGACCUGGAGUCCCUGGGCUACGUCCUCAUGUACUUCAACCUGGGCUCCCUGCCCUGGCAGGGCCUCAAGGCCGCCACCAAGAGGCAGAAGUACGAGCGCAUCAGCGAGAAGAAGAUGUCCACGCCCAUCGAGAUCCUGUGCAAAGGCUACCCCUCCGAGUUUGCCACCUACCUGAACUUCUGUCGCUCCCUGCGUUUCGACGACAAGCCAGACUACUCGUACCUGCGGCAGCUGUUCAGGAACCUGUUCCACCGCCAGGGCUUCUCCUACGACUACGUGUUUGACUGGAACAUGCUCAAGUUUGGAGCCAAUCGCGCUGCGGAGGAGGCGGAGCGAGAGCGGCGUGACCGAGAGGACCGGCUGAGGCACGGCAGGACCCCGGGCGCCCGGGGGAUCCCCGCUGCUCCCGGGAGGCCCCGGGGUCCACAGGAGGCCGGAGCACCCCCCACGCCCCUCACGCCCACCUCACACACCGCGAACACAUCCCCGCGCCAGGUGUCCGGCAUGGAACGCGAGAGGAAGGUCAGCAUGAGGCUCCACCGCGGGGCGCCCGUCAACGUGUCCUCCUCCGACCUGACGGGGCGGCAGGACGCCUCCCGCAUGUCCACCUCACAGAAUAGCAUUCCCUACGAGCACCAUGCCAAGUAGACGCUCACCAAGUCCUUGUGUGAUGGCAGCCGCGCUGGAUGGUGGCCGGUGUGACUCCUGGUGGCCUCCACUCUUUAGCUCCGCGAUGAGCCCCCCACACACCCCCACACACCCCCCACCCGCUCUGCAAGCGGGCCACACCCUGCUCAUGUAGCAGCAAUCAGACGACACACAAAUAUACUGCUACUGCUAACUCCAGCUCUCAUUUGAAGCCAGCUGCUGACUCAGCACAAUGUCUGUCUAUGAUCUAUUUCUUGGCCUCGUGUUCCCCCCCCCUCCACCCCACCCCCCCUGCUUUUCAGAUAUUCCUGCCUCCUCUUUGAAUAGAUCACAGCCUGCCGUCUCCACCCCCCCCCCUCACUGUCGGGGGUCUUGGUUGCCAGACCUAGAGCGGCAAACAUUUUGAUAAAAUAUAUUGAGGACGUAAAGGACUGCUCUCAUGUGUCCACUUUUACUCUCGGGGGAACCUUUGCAGAACCCUCCAUGCCGGUGGUUCCCUUCCACCUCCAGUUGGGCUUAAGAACCGGUCUGGCCAACCUGUAGUACACACACACACACACACAACACAAUCACAAAACUGUUCUCCACCAUUAUGUGUCCUGACACACACAUUCCGUGUACCACCGUUCACGGAAUGUGUGUGUUCGGUUCUGUUCCUACUGCUACUGAACAUGAAAUAACCCGAUGCAUAACACGCUUUUACUUUUUUACUUGGCAGUAACUUAAAUCGAGUGGAAGCAGCAGCUUCUCUUUCCUGUGGGUAGUUUUUUGAGACGUGAUGCUUUUAUUUUGAAGGUGUGUGUAUUUUAUUCCCUCACAUUAACGACUAGCCAGGGCGCUUUUUCAGUUUCUGUUGGGUUUCAUUUUGCAGCCGCUGGUGCAAUACUUUUUCGAUAGCUACGUCCUUUAUAGGAGAGAAAAACAAAUCCUGCUUUGCAUGUUUUAGAACCCUGCCCCUUCGUUUCGCCAGCGGUCAAGGGCAGGGAUAAAGCUAACCGGUCUGCUCAUAGUCCUGACGUACCAAGUCUUCUAUUGGUACCCUGGGUCCAGGUAGAUAUAAGUGUAUCAACCGUUAAGUUUUCUGGAAUCUCACGGUCAGUGAUGUCACCAGCCUCCCCCCCUUCCCCCUCCCUCCCCUCCCUCGGUUCAACCAUCGAAUGAGUUCCCCCCCCCACUCCCAGUGUCUGGUCGAGGAGAAGUGUACUUUACAAAGGAGACCAGGGGGGGCCCGUUUAAGACACUUGCAUUUGAUGUCUGCUCACUGUUGUACAGAUCUACGUUUUCAUUCCCUCGUUUGUAUGAUUUUUAAGCUGUGAAAUAUCUGUAAUAUAGAUGUGUACAUGUCCUUUUUUUUUUUUUUUUUUUGCCCCUUAUUUGUCUAUUGGUUUAGAUGAAAAAAAAAAAAAAAAGGCAUCCUCUAUCCUCUCUUCAACUCCAUCCAGGCAACUUGCCUGGUGUUGGGGGGGGGGGGGGGGGGGUUAAAAUGCAGGGGUAGUUUUGUUUUGCGUCAUGAUAACCAGUGGCUCUACCCCCCAGUAGUUUCGUCGUCGACGCGUCAUGAAGCAACCUAGGCAGGGCUGUGAGUUACACCUCGGACGCAGGCGCCCCAUCCCUCUGUCAUUUAAAAUUCUCGUCCCCUUUCAAACUAACGUAGUCCUUUUUAAGGAGCACCUUGCAGUUUGACAUUCCCGCUUAAUUAAAGUCAGGGAACGAUGUAGUGGAUCAAAUUGUUAUUGUAUUAAUGUACUUGAGAUACAGCUGCGUGAACUUUUAAAUACUAAAAGGAUCUAGCCGUGAUUCUAAAAGUGACAAUAUUUUAGCAUUUGAUUUGAAACAUUUUCCCACGCAAAAAUUAAAUGGUGGUGGCAACAUGCAGGUGAUACUUGAGGAUAAAUAAGUAAACCCCAGUUUUAGCAGAAAACUCCAACCUGGAGAUUCAAAAAGAUGCCAUCUGGAAUGUCGUGAAGGAAAAACGAACACUUUGGGUUCUGUAGCAGUGAGGGGAGCCCGUUUUAUUAACUGAAAGUGAUUUGGGGGUUUACUUCACGGAAGCAUUAGUAUUGUAUAGUCCCUGGUUACGUCCCUGCACAUAGAGGUAGUACAGGAUCAAUUAUGGAACGCCACAGCCAGCUCACCACUAAAUGGAUGAGGACGAGGCACUCGUUGCUUAACAAGAAUCUUUUUGUUUUUCUUUGUCUGUUUUUAAGCAAAGAAAAUAAUGUGAGUCCAGAAAGUCAUUGUCUGAAUCUUUAUUUCUUUCGCCUUGGAGGAAAUAUCCAAUAAAGGGAUCUGAUAUGACCUACAUGGAUGUGGCUAAUCACAGAGACGGGGGCAUUCAAAGCAUUAUAAGUGUAUUGUUCACAAAUUUCUAUUGAGUCAAGAACUACUACUAAUACUUGACAGGUUUAAGCCAGCAAACUAGUUUGGGCGAAGGGCGGUUAGUAUUUACCCGGACUUGUAUGGGAACCAGCCAGUCUCCUGAAGCUUUCUACGCCUUUCUGACCAUGUCCUGAACCAUGGGAAGCCUGUUGAAAUUGAGCCUCACUGCUCUUCAUUCUUCCCCUUAAGGGAUCAUUUUGACACGUGGUCGGUUUGGCUGGCCAUGCAACAGUUAUGUUUAUCCAAGGUACCGGCUCCAUAAGAUCUACUUUCUCUUUGUAUUUGCCACUGUAUUUGUGUACUUUAAAACCUGUAAAUAAAUUAAGUACUUGUA